UACGUCAGGAUUUCGCCCGCGCACGUGAUUGAGUGAUGACGUCAAAAGCCGGUGCCUCUAAAUGGAAGUGACCUUCUUUGCGACCGCCAGAUAUCGCUCAGCGACCGAGAGAAGCAUCUUCUAAUCCCGCGUAUUUUUAACCAAAAGCUGACUAUGGGUGAUAUUGCCAAAGGAAAGAAGGCUUUCGUCCAGAAGUGUGCCCAGUGCCACACAGUAGAGCAGGGGGGGAAACAUAAGGUAGGCCCCAACCUCUGGGGUCUGUUCGGACGCAAGACUGGGCAGGCAGAGGGCUACUCGUACACUGACGCCAACAAGAGUAAAGGUAUUGUGUGGGGUGAGGACACCUUGAUGGAGUACCUGGAGAACCCCAAGAAGUACAUACCUGGAACCAAAAUGAUCUUCGCUGGCAUCAAAAAGAAGGGCGAGCGCCAGGACCUCAUCGCGUACCUUAAAUCGUCAACAUCAUGAACCAGUCGCUCACGUUAGAAUAUUUAAUGUCAUCUUAUUGCAUUUUCUGUUGUAUUUUUAGGCUCUCACAUAAUGUUUUAUGUUUAGUCAUUUGCAAUUAAGGUUAAUUUAUGCCGUCUAAGUUUAGGAAAGUGGCGCCUCCUGUGAGUUCACAGCUCGUUUCACAGCUCGUUUCACUUCCUCUUUAAGGUCUGAGUGCAAGCAGUUGUUCAAAUGGCAAAGCAUAAAACUACUGUGUUUUGUUUUUCUUUACUCUGACUCUAACGAGGAGAAAAUAACUAAUCCCAUUUUCUAUUUUCUCAUUGUGUUUUCCCAUGGCAACAUGUGUCUGGUACGUUCUGCUAGCAGAGUCAUCCGCCAUCAACCUCAUUUUUAAACCUAUUACAAAAAAAGAAAAAAGUAACCUAAGAAUGAGCAACAUCAGAGUGAAACUGGGUGGAAAUCUUUUGGAUUUUUGGCUAACUGGUGCUGACUCGUAUCUAUUCCCAAGCUUUCAUGCCAACUGGAGUUUCCAACCCGACCUUGGAGUAGUUGAAGGUUAUGAUAUUCGACACUCUUAUCUGUUGUUGUAUAUUGAAGGGCAGAAACUACCACUUGCCAUGAAUGCUCUUUUAAAUUCAACAGCCUGAAUAUUUUAGUCUACCAAAACUUUUGG